AAAAAAAAAAAAUUAAACUUGAACUUAAUUAGGGCCUAAAGUCAUUGAUUUAAAAUUAGUGUGCAACCCUUUCGUAGUAAUUGGACUUGACCAAAAAGAAAAAUGACCAAAUUCGAAAACUAUCAGCCCAACAACGCCAAUACACAUCUCCAAAACCCUAAAACUCUCAUCUUCAUCUUCUUCCUCCCUCGUCCCUCAAAUUUUCUCUCUCCUCAAAACCCUAAAAAAACCCUGCAACUUUCAGAGAGAGGAAAAAACCCAGAAUCCAAAAAUGAAGCACAACCCAAGAGUAUCAAGCUCUCGCAGAAAAUGUCGGAAAGCCCAUUUCACGGCACCAUCAAGCGUCCGCCGCACAAUCAUGUCGGCCCCACUUUCCGCCGACCUAAGAAGCAAGCACAAUGUCCGUUCUAUCCCUGUCCGCAAAGACGAUGAAGUUCAGGUUGUGCGUGGAACCUUCAAGGGUCGCGAGGGCAAAAUUGUCCAAUGCUACCGUAAGAAAUGGGUUAUCCAUAUUGAGCGGAUUACCCGAGAGAAAGUCAACGGAUCGACUGUCAACGUUGGGAUUCAUCCUUCGAAGGUGGUUGUUACGAAGUUGAAGCUUGAUAAGGAUAGGAAGGGGUUGCUUGAACGUAAGGCGCUUGGUCGUGGUAAUGGUGAUAAGGGGAAAGAAAAGUUUACUGUUGAUGAUGUUGCUGCUGCUAGUUCUAUGUCUCAGGUUGAUUAGAUUUUGAAUUUGAUAUGUGUUUUUGGGUUCAUUUGAAAUUUGGAUUGUUUUUGAGUUAUUUGAUGUUGAGAAAUUUUGAUACUUGGUUUAUAAUAUAUGGUAUAAUCUAUCCAUUUUUGUUAU